ACCGCUGUCUCUCUCAAAGCCACGUUUCCCCCUCUUACGAUCCAUUCCUACCAAUCCUCGUCCACCCCCAACGAGGUGCUUUCUCCCCUCCAGCGCAAGCCUUUCUCUCGCACACGAUCCACCUCGGUGACCGCCACCGCCGCCUCUCGCGGAGUUUCUCUCUCGUUUCAUCCCCCUCGUGUGCAGCCGAACCGAUCGUCGAUCUCUGUCUCGUCGGUGGUCGCGCUGUCUGUCGCCGACACCGUGCAGCGCGGAGUCAGUCCGGUUGCCUACCUCGGGCGCUGUUGACAGCCACCCCCCGUGUGCGAGGAACUCUUCCCAAUGCCAGUCGCGUUACCACCGUCUCUUCCACGAUAGUGGUGAGACCCCGUGACAGUGGCCGUCUUCCUCCCGCGAGAAACUGCCUGCACGAACUUGCGUGGUGUCGUUGUGUGCCGCUAGAUCUAAUCUUCUAUCGUUUUUACAGUGUAGGGACGUACAGUGCGAGGAACGUAAAACCAAGUAGUGAUUCGUUAGGAAACUCGUAUAAUACAUGUUAGGUUCAAGUGUUCAUUUGUUUCGGCUUACGAAACGACUGUUGGCCCAAUAACUGAUCAGUCGGUAGUCAGUACGAGAUCAAAGGUAACGCUGGUAGCAGUGCUAGGAACGUCAAUAGGCGGUGAACAGAGAAAAUGACGAAGCGGACGACGAAUCGUGUGAGAUCAUGGUGGUGAAUGGUAGCGGUAGCAGCAGCAGCAGCAGCAGCAGAAGCAGAGGCAAACGGCGGAAGCCAGUGCUUCUGGCAUGAACGACGAGGACAACAGUCUCGACGAGGCUCGCGGUUGCGGCGAUGCUUAUAGACGUGACGUGACCAGCACGUUCGUGCCCAUCUCGCCGAACCAACGCUCGCCCAAACUGUCUGAUCUCGCUCGUGAUACUUGUGAUCCUUAUGACGAUGUGCGUGUUCGAUUGACGAUUGAUGGUGUACCGUGACAACCUAAUAACGAGCGUUUAAAGGGAUUGUCAGCAACGUUGUAAUCGUGGAAAAGAAUCAUCGGAAGAAAAAGAGAAAGAAGACGAAGAAAAAAGUGGACGCAGAAAGCGCAAGAAGCAGAAAGGAAGGAACAAGGUACAGGCAUAGACCGGUUGGCCGAGAAGCCGCAAGAAACAGACGACUACUGUCGGAACGUAUAAUGUGGCUCGCGUGACGCCAACCGUUUCUCACUGCACAUUUCUCGUCCACGUCUACGGAGGAGACUCUCCAGGUCUCGAUAAACACACACGCUCCCACUUCCAUUCUCUACCCGGACGGUAUAAUCCUUAACGACGAGGACACGCGUACCAGGGAGGCACGAUAGUAUGACGGUGAUGCUGCUGCAACGUUCAGUCACCCUGCAGUCGACGCACAGCCAAAAGAUAGCGAACAAGGACUGCAGCGCGAAGCCGCCUUUCUUAUUCCUGCUCGACGACAGCCAGGAGCAUCGACACUCCACGGACACCACUACGACGACGGCAACUAACAACAACAACAUCAACAACAAUAACAACAAUAAUAACAACAACAAUAAUAACAACGAAGUAUUUAAAGGAGGUAACAGAAGAGACAGUAGUCGUUCGUACGUCGCCGACGAGGCGGCGGCGUCGGUGACGUCCCAAAGACGCGCCGAUUGUGGCCAGGACGUCGCGAUGCGAUAUUACCGGCUCUGGAUCUACACCUGUAACUUGGUGCUGCUCGGUAGCGCGCUCGGCUUUGCCGCCGCGGUCUCACGAACACUUUUAUUCACCGGCGAUCCACGCCGGUACAUAGUGCCAGGGGUACCCCGUGCAUUCGACCCGACAGCCCUUUACGCUUACUUAGCAUUAGCCACGCAAUUAGGCCUGGUGCAAUUGUUGGGUUGUAUAGCGGCGAGGAGAUUGAGCGCGAGACUUUUGAACGCCUACUGGGUGCUGCUAUUGGCGCUUCUAUUCGGUGACGCCGUCAUCGGGGUCGCCUGGGUCUUCCGGUUUGAGAGGAUGCGCGUCGAGCUCAGGCCCACUCUCAAACAACGAUUACAGAUGGAGUACGGCAAGGAUCUACGAUUUAGCGAGCAAUGGGACCGUUUGCAGAAGGAGUUCUCCUGCUGCGGAGUGACCGGUCCUAGAGACUUCGGUGGUAAAUGGCCACAGACCUGUUGCGUACCCACUGGCAACGUCAGUGACACUUGUCAACAACCGUACGCGAGAGGUUGCGAGGAAUCGUUGAUGAGAUGGCUACGAAAAACCGCGGACUUGCUGUUCGUACUGGGCUUCUGUGUGAUAGCGUUUGCGAAAUUAUGUUUCCUGGGGAUACUGCGUUAUGAGAUAAGGGAAAUGAUACAAAAGAUACGGUUGCUCCGAGAACCACCGCCGCCGGCGACUACCCUAGCGCAACCACCGUUCUCACAAGUGAUACCGGAAGCCACUAACAACGGAAGCAUCGUUCGACGCACGACUCUGCCUAACGCUGUCACUCCUUCCGGAAAUGCAUCGUUGCUGAUCCAAACGGACGAGUGCAAUACCGGAAAGCACCCUUUAUUGGCGAACAAUCUGCAGGAUGGUGGCGCAGAUAGCGACACGAACAGUCAUUGCGCGCUGAUUCUGGAGGAAACGACGCCCACCUCGGCGAACCAUAAUUGCGGCAAUCGAGAGAAAAGUAAUGGCAACAACAACUAUGAGAUGCGAGAGUUCAACAGGAGAUUAUGGCUGUCGAACGGCGGCAGCCCGGGCACGGGUAUAACAGCCGGUGGUCAAAGCAGGCGCACCUGACUAUGGAAGUGGUGGCGAAACACGUCGAACCGUCUACUCUACAGGAGCAAUCGGUCCGCCGAGAUCACCGUGUAUAAGAUAGGUCAGCAGACCGGAGCUAAGGUUUCUAAAGAUUCUACUGACUUCACGAGCACACCAGCCCACAAUAAGCGAAUAACGUUCAAGGUUCUACGUGUCGCCAGGAAAGUGUAUCGUUGAAUCGUCUUGUAUCAAAUAGAACACAUUCUAAAUCCUUAUAGUCGAUGAUAGAAGUUUAUUUUAAAAUAAUGGAACCGUUUCGACCAAGGCCAGACUAGACUAGAGUAUAAUUUGACUACUUCCCUUGUUUCGUUCCUUCGAAAAUCUCGUGGCACGACAGAUCGGUUGAAUCGUUUAGUCAUUAUAGGAAAUUUUAAAGAUACAUUUUCCUCGUGACGUCGUAUAUUGCGAUACGACUCGUAGUGCUGAUGAACAGAGUAAAUUUCCGUUUGCGUGACGACACAAGACGGCCACAUGAAGCGAGAGUCGACACGAACGAAUUACAAGGAAGCUCGAACAAGAGGAGACGGAAGAGAAAAAAAAAGGAUGGAAGCAAAACUUUACGAAAAUGAGAAAAAAGCGAAAAAAAAAGAAGAAGUACGUCGAAGCUGCACAAAAGGGAACAUAAAGGCCUGUGUAUGCCUUUCGACGUCCUUUCGAUUCUCUUUCUACGCGUAUUCCUUACAUGUCUUUCCGUCCUCGCACGGUCGGUGAAUAAAAAAGAAACCAAAAAAAAAAA